GGGACUGGGUUUAGUAGGAGACCUGGGGCCGGGGCCGCCUCCGGACGCCCAUCUGCCGGCUUCUCUCGCUCCGUCGAUUCGGAGGAGCGGCGGCGACCUCGGCCUCCAGCGUCCCCAGCGAACUGCAGCUGCGGCGGCCGCCGGAAUGGCGUUGCUGGGUUUACUGCAGGCGGGCGGGUCGGUGCUAGGGCAGGCGAUGGAGCAGGUGACGAGCGGCAACCUCCUAUCCAUGCUGCUGAUCGCUAGCGCCUUUACCCUCAGCCUGGUCUACCUGUUCCGCCUCGCCAUCGGCCAUCUGGCCCCACUGCCGGCCGGGGCGAAAAGUCCACCAUACAUUUUCUCUCCAAUUCCGUUCCUCGGGCAUGCCAUAGCGUUUGGGAAAAGUCCAAUUGAAUUCCUAGAAAACGCAUAUGAGAAGUAUGGACCUGUGUUUAGUUUUACCAUGGUGGGCAAGACUUUUACUUACCUUCUGGGAAGUGAUGCCGCUGCACUGCUUUUUAAUAGUAAAAAUGAAGACCUGAAUGCAGAAGAUGUCUACAGUCGUCUGACAACACCUGUGUUUGGGAAGGGAGUUGCAUACGAUGUGCCUAAUCCAAUUUUCUUGGAGCAGAAGAAAAUGUUAAAAAGUGGCCUUAACAUAGCCCAUUUUAGACAGCAUGUUUCUAUAAUUGAAAAAGAAACAAAGGAAUACUUUCAAAGUUGGGGAGAAAGUGGAGAAAAAAAUUUGUUUGAAGCUCUUUCUGAGCUUAUAAUUUUAACAGCUAGCCAUUGUUUACAUGGAAAGGAAAUCAGAAGUCAGCUCAAUGAAAAGGUGGCACAACUGUAUGCAGAUUUGGAUGGAGGUUUUAGCCAUGCAGCCUGGCUGUUGCCAGCUUGGCUCCCUUUGCCUAGUUUCAGACGCAGGGACAGAGCUCAUCGAGAGAUCAAGAAUAUUUUCUAUAAGGCAAUUCAGAAACGCAGACAGUCAGAAGAAAAAAUUGAUGACAUUCUCCAAACUUUACUAGAGUCUACUUACAAGGAUGGGCGUCCUUUGACAGAUGAUGAAGUAGCAGGCAUGCUUAUUGGAUUGCUCUUAGCAGGGCAGCAUACAUCCUCAACUACUAGUGCCUGGAUGGGCUUCUUUUUGGCUAGAGACAAAACACUUCAAGAAAAAUGUUAUUUAGAACAGAAAACAGUCAGUGGAGAGGAUCUGCCUCCUUUAACUUACGACCAGCUCAAAGAUCUAAAUUUACUUGAUCGCUGUAUAAAAGAAACAUUAAGACUUCGACCUCCUAUAAUGACCAUGAUGAGAAUGGCCAAAACUCCUCAGACUGUGGCAGGAUAUACCAUUCCUCCAGGACAUCAGGUGUGUGUUUCUCCCACUGUCAAUCAAAGACUUAAAGACUCAUGGAUAGAACGUUUGGACUUUAAUCCUGAUCGCUACUUACAGGACAAUCCAGCAUCAGGAGAGAAGUUUGCCUAUGUGCCAUUUGGAGCUGGGCGUCAUCGUUGUAUUGGAGAGAAUUUUGCUUAUGUGCAAAUCAAGACAAUUUGGUCCACUAUGCUUCGUUUAUAUGAAUUUGAUCUCAUUGAUGGAUAUUUUCCCACUGUGAAUUAUACAACCAUGAUUCACACUCCUGAAAACCCAGUUAUCCGAUACAAACGAAGAUCAAAAUGAAAAAGGCAACAAGGAACUAAUACAUGAAACAUCACUGUAAACGGCAAAAGCAUUUGGAGAAUGAAGUUUAUGAAACAAUUUUGUGUACUUUGUGUGUAAUUUUAAGACAGCCAGCUUAACUAAAAGGUUUUAUAUUUUCUUAACUAAAAGGUUACAUCAAAUCUGAUGGCAUUUCAGAUAUUUCCCGAUAGUUUUACGAUGGAUAUUUACUACAUCUGCUUAAUUGAAGAAAAUCAAGCUCUCAUUAGUAAAAAACUGGGGGCAUCUUGGUAAUUGGCAGAUUCUAAACACAAUUUUCAGGUAUUAAUUUUAAGAGCAUAUGUAGCUCUUGCCAAGUAAGUUAAGGGUAUUCGAUCUUGGACUAGAUCUUAAAGUAUAAAAGCCCAAUGAGAUACUUGGUAGCCUUAGGUUAUUUAUUCAUUUACUGGGUAAUGCUUGUAUAUGUGAGGAUGGGUGGGUAGAGAAUAGACUCAUAUUUAAAGCCUUGGAUAAAAGAGAAUCCUAUUAAUUGUUUGGGUAUGAUGAUACUUAGCCAUGAUAGAGCUAUGUUGUUGAAAAAUAUAUCCUUAGGAAGCACUGUCCCACAGGAAAUUGAGAGAGGUCUAUGACAAUGACUUAAUUAUAUUUCUUAAAAAAUAAUUAUUAAUAUUAAAGACUGCUUGUGUAACUUGAUCUAAUUACUAAAUACCUACCUGAUAAGUUUGUAUCUGGUUCUACAUGGUCACAUCUGUGUGAAAAUCCAAAAUAAAGUCCCUAAGGAAUAAUUUUUUUCUUUGGCUCAAGAUGGUUCCCUGCUUCCUCUCCAGAAUAUAAUUAGGAAUUUUCUGUUCCAUUUAUUAAACCUUAAUUUAGGUCAAUAAGCUUUCUUUUAAAAUAUAAAAUCUGAGUUCAUGGAACUCUGACUUGAAGGGCAAUAGGAAGCAGAGUCCUUGAAAUUAGUAUCACUGGUCACAUUUUGUGAAGGCUGUGUUCAAGAACCAACUCAAAUGAUAACUGGGGGCUUGUCUCUAUACCUGUAAUUUGACUACAGUCUGUUUUUACUAGAUGAGGCCAAAAUAUUUUUUCCCUUAUGUAUGUAAUAGUUUUGUUUUGCUCCUUCCAGGAGGCUGGAAGACUCAUGUUAAACUCUCUGCUGUUACAGUUUUUCACAUUAAAAUUGUUUUUGAGAAAAGUAAA